AUGGCUUCAACCAGCCACCACAGGGGCCUAAUUGCCUAUGCAACGUUGAUCUCCAUCUUUGUUGCCAGGGCCAAUGCCAUUGAUAUCUUUCUGGAGUGGAAUGUUGCCCUUGACAAUACCAUCCAACCCGUGUCCCAAGAUCAAUCUGUUAUCACCAUCAAUGGGAAGUUCCCAGGACCCCUUAUCAAUGCCACAACCAACGAUUUUGUCCACGUAAACGUCUUCAACACCAUGGAUGAACCUCUACUCUUUACAUGGAAUGGCAUACAGCAAAGGUUAAACUCAUGGCAGGAUGGAGUGUCCGGCACAAACUGCCCGAUCAAACCCGGCACAAACUGGACUUACGUGUUCCAAACCAAGGACCAGAUUGGCAGUUUCUUCUAUUUUCCGUCCAUUAACUUCCACAAGGCUGCCGGAGGGUUUGGACCCAUCCAUGUCAACAACCGUGACGUCAUUGCUGUUCCCUUCCCCAAGCCUGAAGCUGAAUUCGAUCUUCUAAUUGGUGACUGGUUUUAUGAAAACUACAAGAGUGUCAGAUCAGUGAUGAGCAACAAGCUAACAGCAUUUCUGGCUAUCCCUGAUAUCACUUUGAUGAACGGCAAAGGCCCUUAUGGACAUUCAUUUUCACAAGCCCAUGAAUCUUUCAAUGUUAUAAAAGGCAAGACAUAUAGGUUCAGGAUAUCGAAUGUGGGAACGACAUUGAGUUUCAAUUUUGGGAUUCAAAACCAUAAGAUGUUGUUGGUUGAAACAGAAGGGUCUUACACCAACCAGAUCAUAUUGGAGUCCUUGGACGUGCACGUUGGCCAGUCCUACUCUGUUCUUGUCACAGCCGAUCAAAACGACGCUGAUUAUUACAUUGUGGCAGCUCCUAAGCUGCUCCACAACACUCUUCAUGAAAGCCUUGUGGGUGUUGGGGUGCUGCACUAUUCCAAUUCUAAUACAGAACCUAGCGGGCCUUUGCCAAGCGGACCUGACCCAUUUGAUCUGGACUUUUCACUGAAUCAAGCUAAAUCCAUUAGGUGGAACCUGACCACAGGAGCUGCCAGGCCCAACCCACAAGGAACCUUCAACGUAUCAAAUGUGACACUGUCGCAGAACUUCGUUCUCCAAAGCUCCGAGGCUGAAAUUAGUGGCGCACCACGUUAUGUCGUCAACAAUGUGUCCUAUUACACUGUAGAGACCCCACUGAAACUAGCCGAUCACUUUCUCAACGGGUCCAAUGUGUACACACUCGAUCAAUUUCCUGUUAGAUCUGUCAAUGCUAAUGCAGCAUAUGGAAUUUCUGUCGUUACUGGGAUUCACAAGGGCUGGAUAGAGUUUGUUUUUAAGAACACGUUGAGUGUCAUGGAUUCUUGGCAUUUUGAUGGUUACGGGUUCCAUGUGGUUGGGUUUGGUAUUGGAGAAUGGACAUCAGAUUUGCGCAGCACUUACAACCUUUUUGACCCUGUUGUCCGCUCUACCGUGCAAGUGUACCCGGGAGGGUGGACUGCAGUUUAUGCAUUCCUUGACAACCCUGGAAUGUGGAAUUUGAGGUCACAGCUCUUGAAACAUUGGUAUUUGGGCCAAGAGUUGUAUGUGAGAGUUCAUGACGCUGAUCCUAAUCCUGCCAAAGAGCGACCGCCCCCUGAAAACCUCCUCAAAUGUGGUUAG